UCGGAAGUUUAUUAUGCGAAGCUAAGAAUCAAAAAUAGCAAAAGUUAUAAUAAGAAAAAAAAAAAAACUCGAGAAAUUUGUGAAAGAGUGAGAUGGGAAAUGAUCACCCAGAGAUGAAGGAUUCUGUUACGGGUGUAAAUUCAACUUCUGGAUUUGCUCCAUACCCAAAAUUUGAUCCAAAAUAUAUAGAAAAUCAGCAAAAUAUGGGAACAUUUGUUGGCAUGGGAUCUCAAUCUGAAUCUGGAUUGAAUUCAACUUCUGGAUCUUCUUCAAUGAAUAAAUCAGUUAGUUUCAAUUCAGAGAAAGACUUACUUCCAAUCACAGAUCAUAAUAGUAAUCAUUCUGCAGCAGCAGCAACAACAACCAUGCCACCUGAAACUAAUCCUUAUAUUUCUUCUUCGCCUGUUCCUUCUUCUGCUUCUGUUAAAGAGACAAUGGAAACAGUUAGAGAUGCUGUUAGCAGAUGGAGUAGAAGGGUGGGAGAAGCUACAAAGAAAGCUGAAGAUCUUGCUGGGAAUGUUUGGCAACAUUUGAAAACGGCUCCCAGUGUUACUGAUGCUGCGAUGGGAAUGAUUGCACAGUCUACAAAAGUUUUAGCAGAAGGUGGUUAUGAGAAGGUCUUUCAACAAUCUUUUGAAACUGUUCCUGAAGAGCAACUUCAAAGUUCAUAUGCUUGCUAUUUGUCAACAUCUGCCGGUCCAGUCAUGGGAACUUUGUAUUUAUCCACGGCAAAAAUUGCAUUUUGUAGUGAUAAUCCUCUUUCAUACAAAGUUGGAAGUCAAACAGAAUGGAGCUAUUAUAAGGUAAGUAUCCCCUUGCAUCAACUUAAAGCGGUGACUCCAUCGGCAAGCAAAACCAACCCUGCUGAAAAAUAUAUCCAGAUUGCGUCUGUCGACGGCCAUGAAUUUUGGUUCAUGGGCUUUGUGAACUACACCAGUGCUGUAAAAUACCUACAAGAUGCUUUGCAAACCCACAACUUGCAUUCUGUGUAACAGGUGUGAACUUCUCGGAACUAUUACUUUCCACAGAUAGGAGUUGUGUUAUUUUUGUGCUUAAAAUAAUUGUUCGAAUGAUAUAAUUCUUUUAUAAAGAAAAAAAGGAAACAAAAGGAUGUUCUUUGCCACAUCUAGUUGGUGGCUCCAAUAUUCCUUUCUUGGUGAAGCUUAGGCGAGAGAACCGAAGAAAAGUGGUUGAUUGACCAAUUUGUAUUGUAAACUCAUACACAAUUCGUUCUAUUACAAGGAUGAAUAAGUGUUGAUGCUUUGUAUAUAGGAUAGAGGAUAAAGUGAGGUUUCGAAUUAGUUGGAAAAUUAUUCAAGACUGAUUUGCAGUA